UUGGUCUGGAAGCUCUCAUGAUUCAAUCCAAUCAAGGAGAGUGAUUAUUUCUCACAAUAUGGAUAAAGCCCUGAAAGAAGUGUUUGACUACAGCUAUAGAGAUUACAUCCUGUCCUGGUAUGGGCAACUCAGCAGAGAUGAGGGGCAGCUGUACCAGCUGCUCUCAGAAGACUUUUGGGAGAUUGCCAAGCAGCUGCGACAGAGGCUGAGUCACAUUGAUGUAGUUAAAGUUGUCUGCAACGAUGUAGUGAAAGCUUUACUCUCACACUUCUGUGACCUUAAAGGAGCCAAUGCCAGGCAGGAAGAUCCACCGAGACCUUUUUUGCUGCACUCGUACUUGAAGAGCGCAGAUGAAGAAGUAAGAUUUCUGCAAAAAUGUUCUCAAGUUCUGGUGUAUUGUCUCCUACCUUCAAAGGAUGUCCAGUCUGUCAGCUUGCGCAUUGUCCUUGCAGAAAUACUUGCAACAAAAGUACUGAAACCAGUGGUGGAACUGCUGAGUGAUCCAGAUUAUAUUAACCGAAUGCUACUUAGCCAGCUGGAGUACAGAGAACAGAUGAAUGAGCAUCAGAAGAAAGACUACACAUAUGCUCCUUCUUAUGAGGAGUUCAUCAAGCUCAUUAACAGCAGCUCUGAUGUUGAGUUCCUGAAACAACUGAGGUAUCAAAUUGUAGUGGAAAUAGUUCAGGCAACUACUAUCAGCAAUAUUCCCCAAGUGAAGAGACAGAAAGAUUCAAAAGGAAAAGAAACUGCAGCAAUGAAAGCUGACCUACUAAGGGCUCGCAAUGUGAAGAGGUAUAUUAAUCAGCUGACAGUGGCAAAGAAGCAAUGUGAGAAGAGAAUAAGGCUCCUGGGAGGGCCUGCUUAUGAUCAGCAGGAAGAUGGCAUUUCUGAUGAAGGUGAUGGCCCUCCAGGUCAGAAGAUUCUUCAGUUUGAAGAAAUUUUGGCCAACCCUUCAUACCGAGAACACUUUCGGAUCUACAUGGAGAGGAUGGACAAGAUGGCUUUGAUUGGCCUCUGGGAGUCUGUGGAGAAUCUGAAGAAUGCUAACAAGGCUGAAAUACCUCAACUGGUGAGUGAAAUUUACCAGAAUUUUUUUGUGGAAAGCAGAGAAAUACCUGUGGAAAAAUCCCUUUAUAAGGAAAUACAGCAAAGUCUUGUGGGAAAUAAAGGCAUUGAAGUAUUCUACAGAAUACAGGCAGAUGUUUAUGAAACUCUAAAGGACAGAUAUUACCCCUCAUUCAUUGUCAGUGAUUUAUAUGAGAGAUCAGUCAAGAAGGAGGAAGAAAGAAGUUCUGCUCAGCUAACUCCUGAGGACAAAGAUGAAGUGAGCCAAGGUUGUGAAGAAGCUACUGAAGAAUGCAGCACAAGAAUUAAUGAACAGGCCAGUUAUGCUGUAAAUAAACUUCGCCAGCUAAAUGACAAGCUUGAGUAUAAGAAACAGGCUUUAAAUUCCAUCUGUAAUUCCCCAAAACCUGACAAAAAGAUUGUUUCUAAGCUGAAGGAUGAAAUUACUCUGAUGGAGAGAGAGCACAGUGACCUUCAGCUGCACAUUGCAAGAACAGACUGGUGGUGUGAGAAUCUUGGCAUGUGGAAAGCCUUCAUUGUCUCAGGAGAGGUUUUAGAAGAGAAUGGAGAACAAGUGCCCUGUUACUCUGUCAUGGUGAGUUUACAAGAAGUUGGUGGAGCUGAAACUAAGAACUGGACUGUUCCCAGGAAGCUCAAUGAGUUUCAGAACCUACACCGCAAACUCAGUGAGUGUUUUCCGUCAUUAAAGAAAGUUCAGUUGCCUUCUCUCAGCAAGCUGCCCUUCAAAUCCAUAGACCAGAAAUUCAUGGAGAAAUCCAAGAACCAGCUUAAUAACUUUCUGCAGAAAUUACUCUCUGAUGAAAGACUCUGCCAGAGUGAAGCACUUUAUGCCUUCUUGAGCCCCUCCCCAGAGCACCUCAAAGUUAUUGAUGUGCAAGGAAAGAAGUCAUCAUUCUCACUCUCCUCAUUUCUAGAACGACUUCCUGGUGAUUUGUUUUCUCAUCAGGAGGAAGAAACAGAAGAGGACAGUGACCUGUCAGACUACGGAGAGGAGGUGGAUGGGAAGAAGGACUCUCUUGCUGAACCGUGUUUCAUGCUGAUUGGAGAGAUUUUUGAACUGCGAGGAAUGUUCAAGUGGGUCAGAAAAACAUUAAUUGCACUAGUACAAGUCACUUUUGGAAGAACUAUCAACAAGCAAAUCCGUGACACUGUACACUGGAUGUUCAGUGAACCAAUGCUUGUUUACUACAUUGGGGUGUUUCGAGAUGCUUUUUGGCCAAAUGGAAAGUUAGCUCCACCACCGAGAGCCAAGAGUGAUGAACAAAAGCAGGAGACAAAACAGAGAGCACAGCAAAAACUACUUGAAAACAUUCCAGAUACUCUGCAGAAUCUUGUCGGACAACAAAAUGCCCGUCAUGGUGUAGUGAAAGUGUUCAAUGCAUUACAAGAGAGGAAGGCUAAUAAGCAUCUACUUUAUGUUUUGCUGGAACUGCUGCUAACUGAACUGUGUCCUGAGCUGAGAGCUCAUUUAGAGCAGCUUAAUGCCACUUAGGUUUGAAUCUGCACAAUUGGACCACUAGAGAAAUGUCUAUGUUCAAGAAUAGACAUGAAACUUAUUUUCCUCUUUUCCAUAGAGGGCUGAGGACUAUGAUUAUUUUUAGCAUUUUUCUUUCCUCUCGAGUUUUUUGUGAAGUAAACAGACUUGAAAAGAUCUGAUGCUGUCGUAGGGUAGGCAAAAAAAAAUGCUGUAUAGUUGCCAAUUUUUAUUUAAAUUGUUCUAUUUGACUACUCCUCUGUUUCAAAUAUAGAUUGAAAAAUAAAUGUUCAUAUAUGCUGAAAGAAACCAGAAGAUAUUUUAAACAUUUAUGGAAAGAAAUUUUGCUUAUAGUGGUAAAAUAAUGAAUGUUGUACAGUUCUAAUCUC